AUGUCUUCUACUAUCUAUUUUUUUUUUAUUCUUAAAAUUUUUAAUAAUAAGGAUUGCCCCUUUCUUAAGAUAAAGAUAGGAUUAUUCUUUCUCUUUGAAAAUAAACUCUUGAUCUGUUAAUAAAAAUUAGAAGGACAUUCUGAUUGGAAACCAUAUUAUUAUUAAUAAGAAGAAUAUUUUCCUAUUUCUAAUUAUGGAGAUAAAAUUAUUUAAUUUUGGAAUAAGGAUGAAUAAUGGAAAUGA